AUGCCCGACAAAAGGGUGAACGUACUCAUCUACUCUGGCCCUGGAGCCUCUUUGUCAUCUGUGAGACAUGCAACUUGGUCGUUACGACGUCUUCUAGGCCCACACUACUCCAUACAAACAGUGUCGUCCGACCAGAUUCUCAAAGAGCCCUGGCCGACGACAUGCGCUCUGCUUGUCCUUCCGGGUGGUGCAGAUAUGGGAUAUUGUCGCAUGCUGAACGGCCACGGCAACCGGCGGAUCAAGCAAUAUGUGCAGAUGGGAGGCAGGUACCUUGGCUUAUGUGCUGGUGGCUACUACGGCAGCGGACGAUGCGAAUUCGAAAUCGGUAAAAAGCCGAUGGAAGUGGCUGGAGAUCGCGAGCUGGCUUUCUUUCCCGGAGUCUGUAGAGGGUUGGCCUUUGAGGGUUUCGUAUACCAGAGCGAAGCCGGAGCCAGGGCAGUUGACCUGAAGGUUCAGAAAGAGGCAUUUCAAGGAACGAGUACAGAGCAUUGCAAAUCCUACUACAACGGAGGCGGUGCCUUUGUGGAUGCCGAAUCCUUCCGGGAACGAGGUGUCGAGAUCCUGGCUACUUUCCACGACGAACUUAGUAUUGACGCUGGCAAAGCAAAGGCGGCCGUGGUGUACUGCAAAGUUGGCGAAGGCGCCGCGGUAUUGACUGGUCCUCAUCCCGAGUAAGCAUUGCCCUUCGGUAUCUCAUUGCGGAUACUGACAUGCUGUAGAUUCGCCGGCAUCAAUCUCAAUCGCAACGAACCGUCGAACCCCAAAUAUGGCGAUCUUGUCGAUACGUUAAUUGCAAACGACAAACAACGUACAGACUUCAUGAAAGGCUGUCUGAUCAAGCUUGGCUUGGAAGUGAGCCAAGAGGCUCAAGCGGUACCGUCUCUCUCUCGAUUGCAUCUCUCGUGCACCCAACCUUCACAGGUCGCGGAAUUGCAGCAGCGUUGGCGAGAGGCAGGCAUCAUCACAUCGGAUGGUGGCGAGGACCUCAUCAAGGGCGAGCAAGACACCUUCAAGGUAGAAAAUGUCGAUUUCCUGAGUCUGAACAGCCUCAAAGGCGCCGUCAACGACGUCCUGCCCGAACCUGUAAAAGAUGCUGCCGCUUCCGUUGCCAAUGCGAUUACUUCCGCGACCAAGUCAGAUUCAACUUCAAAGGAUCCGCAGGCUGAUUCAAGUCCUGACAGAAUCCUCGACUAUGAUGCUCUCACGAAGCGUCUAUGUCUCCACCCUUCCUCUCUGCCAGAGCCGAAGGACACACCUUACUUCAACCACCACGCAUUCUACUCCAACCUGCAACACUACAAUGCGAAACAACCUGGCAUCGUCGGCGACUACGGUAGAGUCCUUCUCUAUGGCGAAGUCGUCACAAGCACACAAUCUAUUCUCGACAAGAAUCCAACAUGGCUCUUGCAUCUCCCUAUCGGCACGACAGCUACCGCAACAACACAGGUUUCUGGUAGAGGCAGAGGCACCAAUGUCUGGGUCUCUCCGCCUGGCAGCCUCAUGUUCAGCACGGUCUUGAAACACAGUCUGUCUCUUUCUGCGUCUGCCCCCGUCAUCUUCGUCCAAUACCUCGCAGCCCUCGCCAUCGUUGCCGGAAUCCAAAAUUACGAUCGAAACUACGAAAAACUCCCAGUGAAGCUCAAAUGGCCCAACGACAUUUACGCUCUCGAUCCCAGCAAAGAUCCCAAAGAAAGCUCCUACGUCAAGAUCGGCGGAAUCCUCGUCAACAGCUCCUAUUCCGGCGGUGACUACACCUUGAUAGUAGGCAUUGGUCUUAACGUCGCCAACGCAGCGCCUACGACAUCCCUCACACAGCUUGCGGCGAAGUUAAAACUCCCGCCGCUGACGCUGGAGAAAUUACUCGCAAGCAUUCUCUCGCAGUUCGAAGCACUUUAUGCACGGUUCUGCGUGACAGGCUUCGACCAGCGUCUCGAAAAGCAGUACUACGCCUCAUGGCUGCACAGCGACCAAGUCGUCACCCUCGAGGCAGAAGGAGGAGCCAAAGCAAGGAUUAAAGGCAUCACCACAGAUUGGGGCUUGCUGAUCGCCGAAGAAUUGAGAGACGAUGGCAAGACGCCAACAGGCAGAAAGUGGGAAUUGCAGAGCGACAGCAACAGUUUUGACUUCUUGAGAGGACUAGUAAGGCGGAAAGUGUAA